AUGGCGGCGCCCGCGUCCGCACCGGUUGGUGUUGUUGAAAAUGCUGCAAAACUCUGGAAUUGCGACGAGUCCUACGACCCAGCGACGGUCGAGAGGAUCUACAACAAUGAAAUCACCAAAGCGACUAGUAAAAAGGCGCUCGAGUUCUCUCAGUUCCUCGAGAACUACCUCUGGCCGAAUUUCGUUUCGGAGAAGGCGACCAAGGGCCACCUGAUAUCGAUUGUUGCAAUGGUGAAUGAAAAGUUCCGGGAGAGAAUUCCCGCCUGGAGAGCUUUCCUCGAUCACCCCAAGGAGUUUCCCGCCUUCUUCCGCAAAGUCAUGCGCGCGGCACUCGAUGAAACCUUCCAAUAUAGCAUUCAGGAGCAAACGAGUCUUCUCAUCUUUCUCAAUCGCUGUUUCAACUCGGUCGAGGUAGAGCUCAUCCGGGAUCAGAUUCAGAAACUAGUGUCCAUGCGAAUCUGGAGCGAAAUCCUCCCUGAGAGGCGCCAACACGAAUUUGAAGCCAAUCCCAAACUUCUGAAGUUCUGGAAGUUUUUGGAGAAGGCCGAAAAAAAACUGAGCCCUGAAGAACUGGACAACGUUCGCGAAGAUCGUGUAUUCCUGCGGAAGAUGAUCGACAAAUUCCUGAAACUCUUGGAAACGAUACCGGCGAAGGAUAAGGUCCACGCUCUCGAGCAGGGUGCCCUCGACGUCGUGACGUAUUGUGAACGUUUCAUCGAGCUUAUGGUCGAUCUGGAAGCGUUGUUGCCCACGCGACGUUUCUUCAACACGCUACUCGACGAUUCACACUUGGUCGUGAAGUGCUCGAUCUCCAACUUGAGUCAGCGACCCGAAGGGCGGCUCUUCUCUCAGCUGCUCGACAUGUUGAAAUUUUACGCGAAGUUUGAGAUUAACGACGCCACCGGAGAAGCCUUGCGAGACAAGAACAUGAUGGCAAUUCACUACCAGAAGAUAUCCGAGUUGCAGAAGGCGGCUUUCAAGUAUUUCCCCGAGCUGAAACGAUUCGCCCUGUCGAAUGUGGCCGCCGUCGACAAGCGAGAAUCUCUGGUCGAGCACUUCGGCGACCUCUCCGCGGCCCAACUCCACCCGAUCGCAGCUUUCCUGAAACUGGUGCCGCCGCUCUCGGAAAACGGAGAUACACCCUUCUCCAAAGAGUUUCUGUCCGAGUUGUUGAUUGCUAAAAAUGAGAAACGGCUCUCGCAACUCGAAGCCUUGAAUGAGAUGCCUCUGUAUCCGACGGAAGAAGUUAUCUGGGACGAGAACGUCGUCCCGACGGCGUACUACAACGGCGAGGGGUGUCUAGCGCUACCCAAACUGAACCUACAGUUCUUGACCCUGCACGACUACCUUUUACGAAACUUCCAACUCUUCCGACUGGAGUCCACUUUCGAGAUCCGUCAAAACGUAGAAGACGCUGUCCUACGACUCAAACCCUGGGCAUCUGAGGACGGCGGCGUCAUUUUCGGGGGCUGGUCCCGGAUGGCGACCCCGAUUUCAAAUUUCAACAUUCUCCAUGUAGGGGAGCCACGGAUCGGCGAGAAACAACCUAGCGUCGUCCGAGCCGAUGUCACGAUCCACCUCAACGUGAAGCGUGACGUUAAAUCUGAAUGGGAAGCCCUGCGUCGGCACGACGUCAUGUUCCUUGUGACGGUUCGACCCACGAGAGACCCAGGUACGGCUUUCAAUCGCAAGGAGCCAUUCAUCCCUCAAGUCGGUCUCACCUACGUCCGAGGUUGCGAAGUCGAAGGUCUUCUAGACAACAGCGGGAAGAUCAUUGAAGAUUUCGAGCAGGUCCCGCGUUACGAAACCGACGAUCGGACCUAUCGCGUUCUCCUCGACUGCAAUCAAUACAAGGAGGACACGGAGAAGAUCUCGAAGGGAGGCGACAACGUAUAUCAGAGCUUCAAUAUUCUCCUACGGCGCAAACCGAAGGAAAACAAUUUCAAAGCUGUCCUGGAAACCAUCCGGGAGCUCAUGAACACCGAUUUCGUCGUGCCGGACUGGCUACAUGAUAUCAUACUCGGUUACGGCGAUCCGGGCUCGGCACACUACAGCAAGCUGCCUAAUCAAAUCAGGAGUCCCUUGGAUUGGAACGACACGUUCCUGGAUCUGGAUCAUCUGAGGAAAUCUUUCCCAAAAUACGAAAUAGAGGUGAACAACCCGCAGAACCUCCCCGUCGAACGACCCUUCAAGCUCGAAUUCUGUGAUGUGAGAACGGAGACGCAGAAAGCGAUCGAGAGAAAAGUUAUGGUCACCCCUCACAAAUUCGAAAUCAGGAGCCCGUACUACAAGAAAAAGCCGAAGGUGAACCAAGUUCCUUUCACGCCUACACAAAUCGAAGCGAUCAAGGCCGGAAUGCAGCCCGGGUUGACCAUGGUCGUAGGUCCACCCGGGACUGGAAAAACGGACGUGGCCGUUCAAAUUAUCUCCAAUAUCUAUCACAACAAUCCGGAACAGCGAACUCUGAUUGUGACGCAUUCGAAUCAAGCUUUGAAUCAGCUGUUUGAGAAAAUUAUGGCCCUCGACGUCGACGAGAGGCAUCUGCUGCGUCUCGGACACGGCGAGGAGCAGCUGGAGACGGAGAAAGAUUUCUCGCGUUAUGGUCGCGUGAACUACGUUCUCGCCCAAAGGCUACACUUGCUUUCCGAAGUCGGGACGCUUCAGCAGAGCUUGGGGGUGACGGGCGACGUCGCUUACACGUGCGAAACAGCGGCGUAUUUCUAUCUCAAUCAUGUCCAAUCGCGGUGGGAUCAAUUUAAUGCUAAACUGAAGAAUCCCUCCGGAGACGCAUGCGAAAUCCAGAAAAUCUUCCCUUUCACUAAGUUCUUCGAUUCUCUUGAUCCGUUGUUCAUCGGUGAUUACGAAGCCGACCUCGAACAAGCCCGCAAGUGUUUCUUCUACAUUCAAGACAUGUUCACUCAGCUCGAAGAAUUCCGAGCGAUGGAGCUCAUGCGGACCGGUUUGGAUCGGUCUCGAUACCUGCUAGUGAAAGAAGCGAAAAUCAUCGCCAUGACUUGUACGCACGCCGCCUUGAAGCGGCACGAGCUCGUCCGACUCGGCUUCAAAUACGACAACAUCCUCAUGGAAGAGAGCGCUCAGAUCCUUGAGAUCGAAACCUUCAUCCCGCUGCUGCUCCAGAACCCCCAGGACGGCUACAACCGUUUGAAGCGAUGGAUCAUGAUUGGAGAUCACCACCAACUCCCCCCAGUCAUCAAAAACAUGGCUUUCGAAAAAUACUCCAACAUGGAACAGUCUCUAUUCACCCGUUUCGUGCGUCUCGGAGUACCUGUUGUCCAACUCGACGGCCAAGGUCGUUCGAGGGCUUCCAUAUGCUCCCUGUACAACUGGCGUUACGUCACCUUAGGGAAUCUACCGCACGUUAUCAACGAUCCCGAGUACCAAGUUGGCAACGCAGGACUCGCGUUCGAUUACCAACUGGUAAACGUCGAAGAUUUCAACGGGGUUGGAGAGAGCGAGCCGAAUCCUUAUUUCUACCAGAACCUCGCCGAAGCCGAGUAUUGUGCUGCUCUUUUCAUGUACAUGAGGCUACUCGGCUAUCCCGCGGAAAAAAUAUCCAUACUCACCACCUACAACGGACAGAAACAUCUCCUCAGAGAUGUGGUCAAACAGCGAUGUAGCGAGAAUCCACUAAUCGGAGAACCUCACAAGAUCACCACUGUUGACAAAUAUCAGGGUCAGCAGAAUGACUACAUAAUUCUAUCGUUGGUUCGUACGAAGAAUAUCGGCCACAUAAGAGAUGUGAGGCGUCUGGUCGUGGCUCUGUCUCGUGCUCGACUGGGUCUGUACAUUUUCGGGAGAGUGUCGCUGUUCAAAAACUGUUAUGAGAUCAAGAGAGCUUUCGAUAUCCUCUUGAAGCGACCCCAAAAACUACACAUCGUCAAAGACGAGACCUACCCUACGUCUCGCAAAGCCACACAGAAGCCGAAAUCGGUUCCAGUGGAAGAUAUGAGCGCGAUGGCACAACUCGUUUUCGAUAUGUACGCUGAGAAAGCCAAAGCCCUCACAGCUAAACACGAAUUGAAGGAUGAUCUGAAGGAAGAAAAGGAAGAGGACGAAAAGAUGGAAGAGGGUGGUGAAACAGAAUCGAAGCAGACAUCGGAAGACAGUUGA